AUGGUGGAUUACGACGACAUCACACACACAUUGCUGAUUGAGAAAAUAAAAAUACAGUACGACUCGAAUAGCCAGUGGAACAAGUUUUUUAAAUAUAGCUUGAGGAACCCCCACUCGUUUGUAUACCCGGAGAGCACACACUUUGCGCAAAAUGCCGACUUCGAUUACUUCCGUAGCGCUCUCCAGGCGAAGGGGUAUAAACUGAACAACGUGAACCCUCUGAAUGGCCGCUAUGGAGAGGAGAAUGACGAGGAGAGGUACCUACUGGAGGUAGAAAAACAGGAAGAGAAAAACCUAGGGAAGGAUGAAGACACCCUGAAUAGAAAAAUCGUGUGCCUCUUCAAAGAGUGCAUGUACUACUUCAUGAGCUUCAACGAUAAGGAUGGGCAAAUAUUAGACAAGCCUUCCAAAAAUUUACAAAAAAAAGAUAUAAAAGACAGUAGUGAUUAUGAACUGUUUAAAAGUUUAAGUGAUUGUAUUGUGCAACUGCAUGACUCAAAAGUUAUGAAGCACCAAGCUCUGAUCAUGACCAGUGACUUUUGUGGACUCUUCACUCCAAAACAUAUAAAGCUAACAAAAUUCUCCGAUGGCUUUCUAUCCUUUUUAAAAGAAAAUGAUAUAAAGUACGUGGACUUGUUUUAUGAAGAAAUGCAAAAAAAUGAAUUCUACAAGAAGAAGAAGGAACACUAUGAUUACUUGAAGAAUACCUCUUUCGUCCCGCUCACCAAGGGAGAAAUUUCCCUCGCCAACAAGAAAAGGAAGACUGAAAAGGUGUUACAGAUCGGGGGAACGGAGACUGUCGGGCAGUCCCCAAGUGCGGGAGACGCAGAAGAGGGUGGAGUGGCCUCCACCCGCGGCGCCGUGCUGUUAAAGGAGGAUGAAGGGACGAAGAAGAAAAAGACCAAGAAGAGAAAAAUGAGGGAUGAUUCAGACAACGAGGAAAGUAGCGCGUGCGCACACAUGGGCGGGCUUGUGAAGGGGGAGGAAGGGCAAGACAACGAAAACGACGACACGGACAAAGGACGCACAAGCAGUGGAGACAACCACAAGAAGAAGAAGAAGAAGAAAAAAAGGAAAGAAGAAGACAGGGGAAAAAAAAAAGUUAAAAAGAAGAAAAAAAUGGAAACUCAGGAGGAAAUCACCGCGGAAGGGGAGCAACAACUGGAGUUGGUUUUGUACGAAAAUGAAGACAUUUGCAAUUACCUGAACAUACGGAGCGAAGACAGGGCGUUGGGUCAGGGGGGACGCAACAGCACAACUGCCACAGGAGAGACGCAAAAGGACCAGCAAUAUAAAAAUAAUAAUCAGUUUGCAAAUGAUAUAACUAAUCAAAGGAACACUCCCAAUCAACACAAGAUUACGAAGAACGCCAAAAUUUUUCACAUGCUUAACAAGAGAGUCGCAUCCGAUGAGUACAUCUACAACGAAAUAAAGGGGGACUUUAUGAAAGAAAUAAAUUUACCAAAUAAUUACAAUUAUGAGGUGAAUGCAGUGGAGAUAUGCGAGAAGGACGUUAAAAAUUUCUACCGCUGUGUCCUCAAACACAUCAGUAAAAGAAAAGAAAAAUUAAAAAUUUAUUAUAUAAUAAGUAAUUUUUUAUUUUUCUUUUCCAAAAUGUAUAAAAAUACUAUUAGCUUCCAUGACAAUGUUCAUAAAGACAUCAAUAGGAAUUUCGAUUACAAAAGUCUCAUUAUACAAGGAAAUAUUUUGCCGCACAAUUUCUUCCUCCUGCUUAAAGCACUUCACUUGAUGAGCCUCCAUGAGCUUAUAAAAAAUUUUUACCUCUCUGUAGAGUACGACGAAAGGAAAAAUAAAUGUCUUCAUUUUUUAAACAUAACUGAAAAUAAAUUUUAUGAAAAUUUUAAAAAAUUUGAAAAUAACAUCAAGUCUAAUUUUUCACAUGUACAUAAAUUUCUACACAACAUGAUUCCAGUACAUAAAUAUUUGAUAGCAAAUGGGAGGGUCUAUAUAAACUCUGAGCAGUCGACCUUCUCCUUCGAGAAUAAUGACCUUCUGCAACUGACUUAUAAUAACACCACGUACGACAAUAAGGGGGCCCUUGUUGUUUACGAGGGAAACAAUAACGAUGAUUGGGGUGAAAUCACUAACAGGGAUGAUUCGCCUCAUAACAGUAGCGCUGUGAUGAAUCCUUACACUGCAUCCCAUUAUUUCUUGUAUGACUCGACGAACACCCUAACCAUGACCAAGAGACCGGCGCAUGUGAAAAAAAUUUACACCAUAAUUGACGACAAGGAAAUGCAUAAAGUGAUGAAUGAGCUAGCUGACCUGAAUGAUAAUUAUACAAAAAAUUUAAUUACAGACAAAAGACUUCUUUUCAUUUUAGACUCCUAUGAAAAAAAUAACCUUUUCCAAAAUGUACUUUUCAGCGGCACCUUUUUUGAUGCAUACAUUUCCCUUCUUUUCACCUUUUAUAUAAAUAAUUACGUGAAAAAAUAUGAACCGUUCAUGCACAUCCCCCUGUUCAAGCCAUCUUACUUGAACAUGCUCGUUGUGUCUAUCAAGAGCAGGAAGCGCGAGAUGGAAUUGAAGCAACAGAGCGCCCACGGGAGCCAACACACCGUGGACAAAAUGUGUAACAACUUUUUCAGGAGCUCCCUGAACACUAUUCUCAAUGAUGUAGCGGACGUCGUAGUGGAGGCAGCAGCAGACGCCGUAGUAGAGGCCGCAGCAGACGCAGUAGCAGACGCAGCAGCACACGCCGCAAGCAAUAUUGUCGUUAACGAGCGCGCGGCAAAAAAAAACCAACCCAGUGAUACCCUCACGUGCAUAUUUGUCCUCAUCAACGCUAACCAAAACGCCCCCACGGAGGAGGAAAAGAAAGUGCGAGAAAUAACCUUGCAUGUGCUGAAGGCCAAAGAAAUGGAAAGUGCAAACCAAAAAAUAAAAUACGCCUUCAAAUACAGAAAUAAAAUUAGCGACGCCAUAACCCUAAGCGAGAUACAAGUCCGUAAAGGAGAUUUUUCAAAAAUUUUUAUUUUUGGCAUUGUGUUAGGGAAUGACAUAUCUGGGUCCAAUUUACAAGAGGACAUUCACAGUCUGUACAGCUUGCAAAGCACUCUACGGUGCAAGUACCCCUCGCGUAGAUUUGAAUUGGAGGCCCAAGUGUUUACCUUUUACUGGGUGUACGAGGUCCACGUGUACGGGUCCAUUUUUCUCAAGGGAAGACAACACAGCCACGAGCUGUGCAGGGUCGGCGAGUACUAUCGGCUGCCCUACAACGUGCAGUGGAAGAGCCACCCCCUGUGGGGCUACUACCUGUACAUCAUCCAAGACAGCAUCGAUAGCAAGUACUCGGAGCAGACCAUCUCCACCCUGCGAGAUGACCAGGGCAUAAACGUGCGCCUCUGCAGCGAAGAGUUCGACGUUCAGGUGUUAGAAGAGGACAUCAAACAAGUGCUUCACAUGCACGACUUGGAAUUAAAAGACCUCAAAAAUGUUAACAGAAACAUUUUCUUAAACAUAAUUUUUUUGAUUGAAAAUGGACACCUCACAUACUUCAACUUCCACAACACGGAAAGCAUACAAAUUAAUCAGAGGAACAAUUAUCUGUGCAUAAAAAUUUUUAAAUCAAAAGUAACUUUUCCUUCCUUCAGCUUAAACACACCCCUGCUCAACGACUCAUGGCUCUCCGAUGUUCUUGCCAGCGAGCAGCCCCUCCCCUUUGACGACUACUUUUACAAAUUCUGA